ACGAAGGCACAAUUGUUGGCUGUUCGUUGUUCCAUUUCGAGCGCCACCAUCCGAUGCCGAGACGACUACUGCGCUUCAUUGCUGACAGUUACUGGCCCUUCUUGAGUGGAAUUUUGUAUAAUGCUGUUGGCCCAAUGGGCAUAAGCAACUUCAUGAGAAGUAAUAAAUGCACUAGGAAUGUCAUCACGCCCCAAAACGCCCCAGCCAAAUAUCCCGCGCCCGAUGAGCAAAUUGGACAACGCUUGGUUAUCAGCAAUGAUUCACAACUCAGCGGGAAAAGGUUGACAAGAAAAGAAUCAAAAGUGAGGAACAUGGCAAACACGACACUAUUGACUGAUAAUGAUGAUGAAGAAAAGUUCAACUGCACUAUCGACGUUUACGCAAAGACAGCUCACCAUCCUGUGUACUAUAUCAGCAGCCACGCAUUGUUUCAUAGUGACAAGGCGUUAGUGGGCCCCGAUGAUGUCAUAUUCCCGGGCAGCUUUACAGUUGAGUUGUACAGCUCUUUCACGAGUUCCAUUCCUUCAGAAGACGGCAGCGUCAUGGAUUUCAUCGCACAGAAAACUUGUCCGCGCACUCACUCCAAAUGUCCAAGUCUUCUUCGCAAAUAAUUUCCGUUUACAUUUUCAUUCUUUACAACAGAAACUCUUUCCGUCAGAUAUUUCAACUGUUAUUCAUUUAUUUCUUUACCGCUGGUUUUUACUUUCAAAAUUGUAUCAGGUGUAGAGUAAAAAUUGUAUCAGGCGUAGGGUAAAAAUUGCAUCAGGUGUAGGGUAAAAAUUGCUUCAGGUGUAGAGUAAAAAUUGUAUCAGGUGUAGGGUAACAAUUGCAUCAGGUGUAGGGUA